AGACUGAUAGCUUUCAUUACAGAUGUCUUCCCUUCACCCGUGGUGCCGUGGAAUCCAAAUGAUCACAACCACAACCAAACAGUUCUGAAUUUGGUUUACAUCAUCAUUCCCACCAUCCCCCUCAUACUGCUGCUGCUGACAGUGACAGGCGUCUGCUGCUUCAAGCUGAUUGUCCGACGGAGGAGGAAACAGCAGAAAUCCGAAGUAUGUCAAACAGACCCAGGACUGUGCCCAAGCCCAACUUCAACUGAUGUCUACAACGUCAUUCGUUCCCAGAAGGAUGACGACCUCGUGUCAGCUCGCCCGCAGACCAAGAACACCUCCUUUUUAUGCCCCUCCCCUGACACACCAACUGGUGACUACGAUAAUCUGGGGGGCCGGGACACAGAGAGCGGCUUUGUGACACUUGCAAGCACAGAGAGCUGUUUCCUAAACUUUGACCUCAACGACCUCAGCCUCGGGCGCCGUGGCACUCAUGACUUCUGCGACACCAGCUUGGGCCGCUCAGGGAAGAGGGACGUGAGUGGCAGCAGUUUGGGUCGCACGGGUCACAGAGAGUUCUACGACAAGAGUCUGGGUCGUCGUACAACGAAGAGCGAGCAUUUCGGCAGCAGCCUAUACAGGGACCACGGACUGUAUGAUGGCAGCACCACAGCGGGGAGUGACCUCUAUGAUCCCAAACUAAGACCUGGAGGUCACACACGAAAAGCUGACCUGUAUCAGACAUACUUCACCAAUGGAAAGGAAGACACUUACCGAACCAGCCUCGGAACCUACGGAAACCGAAAGUCCUACAACGCAAAUGUGGAUUGCUACAGAAAUGGGCUAAAUUUGGACGAUGGAAGAAGAUACUUCAACGAGCAUGAAUGGAUCAACAGGGAAAAUUACUGA